UUCUCAUAGGUAAACAAAUCUCAAAAAGACUGAGAAGGUACACUUGAAAAUCCAUUUUAUAUGUAUAUAUUAAAUAUGGGGGAAGUCAAUGGAAACAAGGAAAAAAAUGUAUAAAUUUGGGAAGAUACUCAGAUAUCCAUGAGAAAGCAUGGCUUAAAAGAACAAAGGAGAAGAAUAACAUUCAAUGAGUCCUGUCCUUUUCCAAGAGAGUUAAACAGUAAGGGUCUUUUUGCUAGUUGAUGGUUGAACUCUUAGGAUAUUUGGCAUAAGUGUGUAUUGAUUGUGGAAGGACUGAUCCCCAUCUCAUGGGUUAUUUGAGCUCCUGUGUGGACCGAAGUGUAUUUUUGGUCAUAAUUUAUCCCACCUGUGUCUGUCAAUUCCUUUCCACUUGCCUCCUCUCAUGAUGGUCUGGCUCAUGUUUCUCCAUAAAGCUCUAAGCCAGUUAUUAAUAACAUCCCAGUGACUCUCCUGAUCCACCUAGGAGCAUAUGGUGUUUUUCACAGACAAGAGAGAUCAUCUCCUUGACUUUGGACUUCACUUACUGAACCCCUGAACAGACUGGUUCACCGCCUUGCUGGAUUCGACUCUGUGUCUGGAUGACUCAGAAAGGAGGGGUUGUCUGAGAGCACGCCUGCUUCCCAAAGUGUCACCCCAUAACUCAGAGAUAGGGAACCAAGGUUGUUGCUAAGAGACCGCUGGUGCUGAAUGCACUUUGUUCUAGCAAGACCAGACAGGAAGAAAACCAAGGUGUUAUCUGCCCCGAUUUGGGAUUAAGUCAGCGAGCAGGAGCCUUCGGGAUAUGACCUGUAAAAACUGGAUAUUAAUUUCUACUACUACCCCCACAAGUCUGGAAGAUGAAAUUGUGGGAAGACUUCUAAAAAUUUUGUUUGUUAUCUUUGUUGACUUAAUGUCUAUCAUAUACGUUGUUGUAACUUCUUAGAAAGCUGGCUUCCCUUACUUUACAAGUAAAUUUCAUAUUGAAUUCCUGUGACUAAAAAUGUGUAGUUUAAUAUGUUGAGUGGUUUUAAUUUGAUGACAUCUCCAAUUAUUCCAGAAGCCAACAGAAUGUUAUAAUAAAAACAAUAUUGUGUAUUGCUCAGUACUUGAUGGUUUAAAAAACAUUCACAUAAACUGAUGUGGAAUUUUUUUCCUCCCAAAGUCUGCACUACUGAGUCAUAAAACUUCUCAAUUUUUAACAUGAUUGUUAUUUGGUAGGUUGACUAAAAGUUAUAGGUGCGAUUAUGAAUGAAGUUGAUUUUUUUAAGGAUGCAUACAUAUGUGAAAUUCUAAAUAGUUCUAGUUUUUAACACACCAAGCUUAACAUACAAUAAUCUCUUCAUUUAUACUGAUUUUCUUAUAAACACAUUUCAUCUGUGUGUAGGUAGCAGUAUGUCAUUUAACGUAAGGUUCACAAUAAUCUUAGGUGUUUGUUAUCCCCAUUUUACAAAUGAAGAAACUGAAUCUUGGAAGAAUUAUGCUAGCUUGAGACCAUAACCAGGAAGUAGCAGACCAGGUUUUGGGCCUUCACAAUCCAUGAUAUUAUGUCACUUCCAAAGGUAGAUAAUAAUACAAGGUCUGACACUUAAGUUCACAUCCUCAUGCUAGAAAAGCUGCUACAUA